CAAGACCAAGGACAUGCCCACUAGAUGGGCAGUCUGGAAGUAUUGGGCAUACCCAGUAGUCCAGUCGAGCUCUACCCGAGUUAAAAGCAGGUCAGCUGUGCCGGACAGUCCAGUCCAGUCCAGCUCUACCCGAGUUAAGGGCAGGUGAGCUGUCCCCAGCAGUCCUGUCUGGCACUACCUGAGUUUGGAGAGCGAGGAGCAGGACAUUUCAAGACAUUUCGGUACCCUAGGAUAGUGAUACGCAUGCAGAUAACAGCUUUAUCUUAUUUACAACAUCUUGUCGGCCUUUGAAUGUUGCAUUAGGAAGUGUGGACUGUGAAGCUUUCUUUCCAUCACCAUGUUGGCAGCACUCCUCUUCAUCGCUGCUGCUGUAGUGGUGCCAUGCCUGGGUAACAAUAACGGGAGUUACCUGCUGACGAUGCCCAAGGCGAUGGAGGUGGGGAAACAACAGAGGAUCUGUCUGACACUGUACAAGUACAACCGUAUGGACGUGUACUACACGCUGGAGUCCUCCGGCAACAGAUACUUCUACCAGGGACAGAAAUACAGGAAAGGCAAAGGCGGGUGUAUCACCUUUACCAUACCCAUCGAAGUGGCUGGAGCGCCAAACAAGCUAGUUUUGAGCAUGAUCGGGCCUGGAGGAGUACUUAUACACAGUUCCUUCUACUUCGCAACGACAGCCCCCCAGCGAACAACCUAUAUACACUCGGACAAACCAAUCUACAAGCCUGGACAGCUAGUGAGAUUCCGGGUCAUGACCAUCGACUCCGAUUUAAUGCCUGUCUUGGACAAGAUUUCUAUUGUUCGUAUAAUAACACCGAGUGACGUCAUCAUGAAGCAAUGGCGAGAUCUUGAAAACGGAAACGGGAUGCUGACCCUGGAGUUCCAGCUGGCGGCGGAGCCACUGCUCGGAGACUGGGUGAUAAUGGUGGAGACGGGAGGCAGCCAGACGCGAACCCAGUUUAAAGUAUCCGAAUACGUGCUACCCAAAUUUGUGAUGACGCUGUCUCCCCCAAAGCGAGUUGACGACAAGACGGAAACCAUAACGGGAGAGGUUUGCUGCAAGUAUACAUAUGGCCAGCCCGUGAAGGGCAAGGUCAUGGUGGAAACGUGCGUCACGGAUUCCUAUCAGACGUACAGCACGAGCACGAGACCAUGUGCCGUCAUUCAUGGGGAGAUGACUGGUUGCUUUACCUAUUCAUUUGAUGCCGCCUUUUUGAGACCAUAUUACCAGAGGCGCUACAACUCACUCAAAAUCAGCACAUUCGCCGCUGUAUUAGAAGAAGCAACUGGCCUGAUGGUAAACCAGACAAAAGAAGGGCCAACCAUUACCACCUUCUCCCUACACGCUGACGUCGGUUCCCACACAAGGAAGUACUUCAAGCCACAGCUCCCAUUUGAAUACAGGGCUCUCGUCACCAACGCCCAGGACGGUAUCCCGGCGGCUGGUCACAUCAUGGCACUGACCUGUGCGGAGAUUGGGUUUGAUAAGAAGAUCCUCAUUGACAAAAAAGGCUUUGCUACUUAUUUCUUCCCUCGAGUUGGCACAGAGAAACCGAAGAUAAAAUUUGUGCUAACAGACACGGACGCUGCACCGCGGGUCUCUUUCUCUUUUGAGGCAACACAAUGGUUCUCUCCCAGUGAUAGUUACAUCGAAAUUCAACCUAUCAGCAAGCUUAUCUCUCCAGGUCUUCAACCAAUCGUAUUAUAUCUUACGAAUCCACCGAAAAAGGCUUUCCGGGUGGUUACCCAGGUAAUGAGUAGAGGGCGUAUAAUGCAUCACAGCCACAACAAGUACACAGUGAGGAAGCAGUCGGAUGGUACCCACCGGAGCCGCCAACCAUGGUGCCGGAACCUGAAAUAUUGUUCUUCUGCCAAGCGGUUUGCACCCGAUGUCCCUAACAUCAACGUCUACUUGAACGUGUCCUGCGCCAUGGCCCCGGAAGCAACGCUAUUGGUAUAUCGCAUCAGAUCUGACGGCGAAGUUGUAGCAGACAUUGAGUCGUUUCAGGUGGAACAGUGCUUCAGGAACCCGGUGAAGAUGGCGUUCACGCCGUCCAAGGAGUACCCCGGCUACCCGACCCAGCUGUCACUGACUGCGGCCCCGGGGUCUCUCUGUAUGGUGGGGGUCGUGGAUCAGAGCGUCUACGUACUCGGAGGGAAGAACCAGAUCACGCCUCAACAGUUGUUCUCUCCACUGGAUCGCUACAACGCUGUCAAGGACGCACCGUAUGAGAGAUCCUCGUCCCUGUACACGUAUUGUCAAGCGUGGUUUCAGAAGCACGGAGUCUACAAUUCUGAUGAACUCAAAUUCAAACACAGACACUACGAUGUAAGAACCAGGUUUACGUACAUGUCCCAUUACGUCGACUCCAGCGUGGCGUUCUCGCUGUCGUCACUUAAAGUUAUUGGUCCAUUGGAACUUCGAACCAGACCUUGUAAAAAACAGUACAGUUACGACUUUUACCGUCGUUAUGGCAGAUCUCUCGGUUCCGCCAUCGAGGACUGGCAAUCUGACCAGGAGGAAAGUUCUGGGCAAGCUGAGGAAACAGAUGAGUCUCCUUCACAAGGAGCUCCAGACCCGAAGAAAAAGACGGUAGCAUUGAGACAAUACUUCCCUGAAACCUGGCUGUGGGACCUGGAGAUAAUUGGUGAUUCUGGGAAACUGGAGCUGAAUAAGACUCUCCCCGGAAGCAUUACAGAGUGGGUCGGUAGCACUGUCUGUGCCAAGUCGGAUCUCGGUGUCGGUGUGUCUGAGUCGGCGUCCGUGACAGCGUUUCAGCCGUUCUUCGUCUCCUUCACCCUCCCUUACUCCGCUAUCAGGGGGGAAUACAUCGCCGUCAUCGUCUCCGUCUUCAACUACCUCACAGAAUGUAUUGAGAUUGAGUUAAAGCUGAAUGAAUCAAGUGAGUUUGACCUUUUGAACUCUGAGCGUAACACGUGGAUGUGUAUAUGUGGAAACGAGGCUAAGCGUCACGAGUUUGUUAUUAUUCCAAGAAGCCUGGGUCAGAUAAACAUCACGGUGCAAGCAAAGUCUGUUCCUGGAGAUUCUCAAUGUCCUAAGGUCAAGGCCGCUGGGGAAGGUAUUGGAGUCAAGGACGCAGUGGUCAGACAACUCUUGGUAGAGCCAGAGGGUGACGAACAGGAAUACACCUACAGUACCAUGGUGUGUUCAGAAAAAGGAACAGAAUUCUUUGAUUCCAUUGACCUGCCUCUCCCCGCGGACCAAGCAGUAGUCCCAGACUCCGGGAGAGGGAUGCUCAGCGCCAUAGGUGAUCUGAUGGGGCCCAGCUUCAGCAACAUCGGCGACCUCCUCCGCGUUCCCUACGGCUGCGGAGAACAGAACAUGAUCAACUUUGCCCCGAAUGUGUUCAUCAUGAGAUACCUGAAGGCCACCAAUCAGCUGACACCAGAGAUAUCUGAGACCAUCAACAAGUACCUCGGAAGUGGCUACCAGCGGGAGCUGAACUACAUGCGAGAUGACGGGUCCUUCAGCGCGUUCGGCAACUCCGACAGCAGCGGCAGCACGUGGCUCACUGCCUUCGUCAUCAAGUCCUUCACCGAGGCCCAGCCUUUCCUGGAGAUUGACCAGAACGUCCUCAGGAGGGCGAGGCUGUGGUUGAAGGCCAAGCAAGCACGUGACACAGGCUGCUUCACCGAAGUUGGACGAGUCAUCCAUUCAUCCAUGAGAGGAGGUGUUGACGGCGCCAACAGUCACGUCACGCUGACGGCGUUUGUCAUGGGUGCUCUUAUCACUGGCGGCACACCCAAAAGCGACCCUGCGAUACUGAACGCCAUCAACUGCAUCGCUGCUCAGCCCAUCACCGACGUCUACACCAUGGCCGCUGCUGCCUACGCCACGUCGCUCCAGGACGCCAACAGUCGGGUGCACGUCAACUUACAGAGGGGCCUCCACUCCAAGGCAGUCGUUAAUGGUACCCUGAUGCAUUGGGAGACGAGGAGGGACGCGAACCGUCAGCGGAGCUACUACUACCGCGCAUCGUCGCUGAACGUGGAGACGACCGCCUACGCCCUGCUGGCCUACCUGGAGGAGGAUGACCUGGAGUCCAGCCUGAAGGUCGUCAAGUGGCUGCAGAAACAGAGGAACCCUAAGGGAGGAUUUGCCUCCACUCAGGACACCGUGAUAGCACUGGACGCUCUGUCGAGGUUUGCGAGAUCAACUUCGACUGGGAACAAACACAACUUAUUGCUGACCGUGGAAGGAAAGAACGUCCACAAGAACUUCACCGUGUCAAAGUCCAACAGUAUGGUGAUGCAGACAGAACCACUGAAUGUGCCCAAUGAGAUCACCUUGAGUGGUGUUGGCACUGGCUGUGCUUUGUUCCAGGCCACAGUUCGCUACAACACCUACGACCUUGACAAGGUGGACCUCGCCUUUACCCUGAACGCCACUGUACAGCCUCCGGAUCCAGUGAAACCGGACUGCGGUCGCAGGACAAUCAACAUCUGUACAGCGUACGUGAAAGGUGGCAGUUCGGGGAUGUCAAUUGUCAACGCAAAGAUGGUGACCGGAUGGUUGGUGGCCACAGACUCAUUGGAGGGAUUAAAGAAGGAUCCGGUUCUCCAGCUGAAGAGAUACGAAGUGGAUAGCAAGAAUCCGAACAGUGUUCAUUUCUACUUUGAUGAGCUGAGCCAGGCCGCACAGUGUUUCUCCUUCGAGGUCACCCAGGAGAUCAGAGUGGAGAACACAAAGGAGGCCGUCGUCCAGGUGUAUGAUUAUUAUGACACAGAGCUAGUGACAAAGGUGUUCUACAAUAUCAAGAGUGAUUGCAAAUCAAAGGGGCAGAAUUCCACACAAACGGCCUCAGGAACGACCACAACACCAUCGGCCCCAACGACAUCAGAUCUCUCUGCUGCAGUUACAACAGACAGCUUGGGUGUGGGGGAGCUUGGUGGAGUGUUUGAGGUGAUUGGUGAAAAUAUCACAGAACCGCAGGGGGAGGAGGAGGAGGGAAGCGGCGUACUGAGCAGGAUCGACCCUGUGUGGCUGGCUGCGGGAUUCAAGGCUCGGCCCAACAGUGUCCCUGUUGUCAACUUGUAUAAUGAAGCCAAGGUCAUCGAUUUCGCCAAAGAAGAUGCCGAUGUUGAUGAUAAAGAGGUUUCAACGAUGGAGGUUAAGGCCGUGUCGGGGUCAAAAGUUAGUUUGCCCUGUCACCUGGGUGCCCCUUACACACAGAGUCAUGAUCAACGCUACUCGAUUGCAUGGGUCGCCGAACAAACGCAAGAAUUACUGACACUUGGCAGACGAAACCUCGUUAACCAGGCCCGUUACAGUGUCAUGGAGAACUACAGCUUGAUAGUCACAGACAUCAGUACGGAGGAUUCUGGGAAAUACCAGUGCCAGGUGAACACCGAUCCUGUUCAGAAGGUCGUCGUCAACCUCGUUGUGCAAGAGUCCCCUGUGAUCGUGGCUUCUUCUAACCACACCUUUGCUGCAAUGGGAGAAGAGGUUACACUGUUCUGUAACGUCACCGGAAGUCCAGAACCGAAGAUCACGUGGUAUCAGUUCGUGGAGAAAAGUAACCGGAAAAAAGUGGGGAAGGGGCAGGAGCUGGUCAUCCAGUCGGCCCAGGCGUCCGCCACGUACCAGUGUGUGGCCAGUAAUGGCGUCCCACCAGGCGUCUCCACCAAGAUCCAGCUCAAGGUCAGUGUUGCACCUCUCAUCCUGCCGAAGACACAGUCCCGAGUCGGUGGUCAUCUGAACAAGUCUGUCCUGCUGGAAUGUGUGGUGAAGGCCUCACCCCCGCUCACGCAACGCUGGACCAAGGGAGGGCGUAUCCUCUUCAGCGGCGACAAAUACAGUUUUAAGACCAUUUCCCUGGACAGCAACACCUACUCUACCGAACUCCGCAUCAACGACCUCGUCAGGAGAGACUACGAUGACUACACGUGUGAGAUCAGCAACGAAUAUGGCGUUGUGUCUUGGACUAUCACAUUAUACGAUACUACACCCACUCCAGCGCCGACGACAACGCCAGAGCCCACGACCCCGUCAGCGGAGGGUUGUCCUUCGUGCGAAGCCCUGUCCGAGAAACAGGCUACCUACGCCUACUGCCAAGCUGCCGCAGCUUACAAGGUGCUCGGCAUCAGAAUAAGAAAGUCAAGGAUCAAGGUCAAGAUUCUAGCUGACUUCCGGUCUGUGAAACGGGUGAAGACACGGCGUAGAUUGAGACUGGUGAUUCACAGCAAAUGUUCUUGUGAUCUCAUCACCAAACUGAAACCCCGAGCCGUGCUUGCACUGUUCAUGAUGAAAAGAGUUGAUCUCGAUUCCAAACCACGAGAGCUCAUCAUUGGAGCCGAGACUUCAGCCAUUCUUCUGCCAAAAACUCUGGAGAGAAAGUUAAUUCGUGAGAGAACCAACUGCACAAAGAUACUCCAGCAGUACGAAACAGGCAACAAAGACAGGAAGCCACGUGAAGAAAUAGUAUAUAUUGAAGACUGAGACAGCUCACAAAACACAGGCACCUAUCACCCUGUGUUGUUGAUAUAUGAAGACUAUAUACAAUACAUACUGACAACAAUAUGUCAUGUUUAACCCGUUCCAGACUUGUGUGUUUCAGUAUUCACCAGAUACUACUGUAGAAGCGUUGUCUUCUAUCAUUGACUCACCGUGGAGUAUAGCAACAACGGCACCUGUCAAAACAUCACCAAAAUUGUUUUGAUGUGUUUCGUCCUUUUCAACAAAAUAGAACGUUAAUAAACUAUGUUAGUAUUGACCAUGUUAGUCUGGAUAUCCUGGCUUUCUGACUAUUACUUGGUACAACCUUAUAAUAAACAGGGCGUCGGUUCCCAACCAUGAGGGGCGUUCGGGUAGCCUAGUGGUUAAAGCGUUCGCUUGUCACGCCAAAGACCCGGGUUCUAGUCCCGACAUGGUUCAAUGUGUGAAGCCCAUUUCUGGUGUCCCCCGUCGUGGUAUUGCUGGAAUAUUGCUAAAAAAGCGGCGUAAAACCAUACUCACUCAAUCACACUUAACCAUGAUUUCGCUAACUCGGUGUUAAUACUGACAAUUGUACUGGGAAAUGGCGUUGUCGGGAUUAUCCGGGUUCCGUUGUAAUUCUGGUUUUCUCUCCCAAAUUUAUGACUUUUUGUUUGCGAAAUGUUUUGAUAUUGUGCCAGUUUACCUAUAUUCUUUAAGUUGUGCAACUAUCACACCAACACUACUCUCAGUGUAUAUAAUAGCCCUAUAGCCUUACCUACUGUCUAUAGCGGUGUGUUAUUUAUCAUAUUACCUGCCCUAUAUCACGUAAGCUUAAGCUUUGUUGUAUUGUUACACGGCAUAUGUCAUAUACAUGGUAUGUAAUGCAAAUAAACAUUGAAUUAUU